AUGUCAUUGAUUGAAGGUAUUGGUGAUGAUUUUCUCUUUGUUUUUGGUUUCUUAAUUUUUAUUGGUAUUAUUACUCUUGCUUGGUUUUCAACUCGUGUUAAUCAUAUUCAUUUUCCUGCAACAUUAUUUAUUAUUGAACGACGUACACGUAGACGAAAUGAAGAAGAAGAAUCAGAAAGAACAAGUCCAACUCCUCCAUCUUCAAGAUUAACUCCAGCACAUGAACAAUCCGUGUCUCUCUCAUCUGGUAAUGAAACACAAACAGAACAUGAAUCUGAUAAUGAAUCCAGUGAAAUUGAUGAAUUUAAUUCUGAUCAAAUACCUAUAGUACCUGAAUUAAAACAACAAUCUAGCAAUACAAAUCCUAUAGAAACAAAUAAUCAUCAACAAACAACAUCCGAUGAAAGAGAAAAUCAAUCAUUAAAAAUAAUUAUUAAAUUUCUUAAUGAUACACGAAAAGAAAUAUCAGCUAAUCCAAAUGAUACAAUAUCAACAAUCAAACAAUUACAUUUUGCAAAUGAAUUAGCGACAAAUAAAAUGAUUCGUUUUAUAUAUCAAGGUCGUGAACUACAAGAUCGAGAAACUCUUCGUACAUAUAAUAUUCGUGAUGAAACAAUAAUACAUUGUCAAAUAAGUAUACGACGUGAUGAUUCAACAAAUCAAAGACCUGAUGGUACAUCAUCUGGAACACAUCGAAAUACAAAUAGAUUCGAUGCAUCACCAUUAAUUGAAUCACCACCUAUUAAUAUUUCAUCCUAUUUUGUUAUUUUAUUAAGUUUAAUUCUUGUAUUGAUCUGGUAUUUACGUAUUAAUUAUCGUGUUCUAUUUACACCUAUCUCAACUAUUUUUCUUAUUUUAAUAACAAUUAUAUUUGCUAUAUUUACAUGUGGGUCGUUAUUAACAACACGUCAACGAGUAUCAAAUACUAGUCAAACAACAAUCGCUAUAACACCAAUACAACAUGUUCAUCUUGAUUGA